UUCACCUCAUCACGUGACCACGUGCAACACAGUCAUGACCUGUCCACCACUUGCCUGAAUCCUGACAUGACAGCACACAGUUCGGUCAGCACAUCCGCCAUGUUUCUGCUGACCGUUGUCCUGACUUUGUUGGCUAGCUCGUUGGGUGGACCAAUGCUGCCAUUUAAUGAUCCGUGUCGCCUUACAACAGUCGGAGACAAUGUCGUGUUGAACAUUUCUACCACUUGUGCUGCUGGGGAGAUUGACUGGCACUAUCCAACAGGCUCCCUGUUAAUACAACUGACUCUACCAAACCCAUUUAGCCUGUGUCUAGAACUUGGCUGGUCAACUUAUAUACAGGCUGUUAAAGAGGUGACCAGCAGUGGGGAGGUAACUCUGCCCCUUCCUACAGAUAGUGAUCCCACAUGCAUCAAGUCAGAACACAACACAGCUAAGAUGAAAAUAGUGGCAGAAGAUUUGCUGGCUUACAUGACGGCAUUCAACUAUAGAGUUCAAGUCUAUAGUUCAACUAUAGUUCAACUAUAGAGUUCAAGUCUAUAGUUCAACUAUAGUUCAACUAUAGAGUUCAACUAUAGAGUUCAACUAUAGAGUUCAAGUCUAGAGUUCAACUAUGGAGUUCAACCCUAGAGUUCAACCCUCGUGAACUAAUGUACAUAAACAUAAAAAGUCAGGUUCAAGUUGAGUUGGAUGUACACAGCCGCAAUGGAAUUAGAUUUAAAAUGAGUUCGAUGUACACAAACAUACAGAAUCAGAUUAAAGUUUCAUUUGAUGUACACUAACAUAUACAUAAUAGAAUAAAGAUGAACUUUUGA